AUGGGUAGUACAAAUAGUCGUAUUGAAACAAAUUUAAAUCCAAUAAAAACGUAUACAGGAUUUGAAAACCAUGAUAAUGAACUAGUUAUUUCUAAGGAAUCAUUUCGAAAUAAGUUCGACCUCUGUUUCUAUGAUUUGGCCGAUCUUUUAUGGGAUAAUUUCAAAGGUGAUCGUAAUUCCAAUGAUGAAUUCCUGGUUCUCAGAAAAUAUCAAAGCAUAAUUGAAUACUUGUCUUCUGCUCAGGAUAAACUGAAGAUAUUUCUAAGUUUGUUUAAGCUACGUGCACUAAGUGAAUCAGAUGUUAAAGCAUUAUUUAAGUGGUUCUUGCUGGGAAGAGAUUUGAAACCAGACACGUGGCAAUUAAUAAUUACUUCUAUCUUGUCCUCAGUAAGUCCUUUUAAUUAUACGAAUUCUGUAUUGUUAUACUUUAUUAGUUAUUGGUCUAAUCCCUUUCCUUUUGAUGUGAUAAGAUGUUUCUCAGGUGAAACUAGUUAUGUGCACACCAUUGAAGGCAUCCAAGGCUUGUAUAAAGCGUUCUAA